AUGGACGUCUCAAGCAACCGUCUCUUCCGCUUCUCCAAGCCAGAAUGGCUCAACAACGCCGCCGUCCGUAACGCAGGCGUCUACACCUCCGGCGCCCUGUUCGCCGCGGGCUUCUUCUUCCUCGUGGACGUCGCCGCCUUCUCGCAUAGCCCCCUCAAUGGCUCAGACGUGCAUAUCAAGUUCGUGGACUGGAUCCCCGGCAUCUGUUCCGCACUGGGCAUGCUGGUGAUCAACUCGAUUGAGAAAUCGAGGUUGCAGGCCGAUAGUUUCAGCUAUUCGGGGACGGGCGUUGCGUGGAAGGCGCGAUUUGUGUUAUUCCUUGGCUUUGCGCUUUUGGCGGGUGGUCUUGCUGGGAGUGUCACUGUCAUGGUUCUCAAAUACCUUAUCAAGGAUUAUCCGAUUCAGACGCUCUACUUCGGUAUCGCGAAUGUGGUUGCGAAUGGACUGGUCAUGAUGAGUUCGGUUGUUCUCUGGGUGUCGCAGAAUAUUGAGGAUGACUACACUUACAACCUGGCUCUAUGA